AUGUCCAAGGAGGGUGCAGCAGCUGGCGGCAGCCGUAAACGUGAGGGAGGCAACGCCACCCAGGCGAGCAUGGUGUCAAAAGAAGAAUUAGCAAAUAUUGAGACCCUCACGAACGCUCAGCUGCGAACCCGCGCAGCGCAAUUACAACGCGAGAUUCAGCAGCUGAAGAACGAGGAAGUUUCAAGUAUGAAUGAGUUGUUGCGGAUCAAGAAGGAGGUGGCGGAGGACAGGAAGCGGGUGAAGGACAACAAUAAGCUGCCGUACCUGGUAGCCAGCAUAUCUGAGAUUUUGGAUUUGGAUGAUAACGAGGAUGAGAUGGAGGAACUGGAUGUGGGCAGAAAGAAGUCGAAGCGAAAGCAAAAGAGUGCCAUUGUAAAGACGUCAAACCGGCAUACCGUUUUUUUGCCUGUGGUGGGGUUGGUGGAUGCAAACAAGCUCGGACCACAAGACUUGGUGGGCGUCAACAAAGACACCUACCUGGUCUUGGACACACUACCACCCGAGUAUGACAGUCGUGUGAAGGCGAUGGAGAUUGAGGAGAAGCCAAAGGAGAAGUACACGGAUGUGGGGGGUCUUGACAAGCAAAUUAAUGAAAUGAUCGAGGCUGUCGUAUUACCCAUCACGGAGAAGGCAAAGUUUGCGCGUAUUGGCAUUAAACCACCAAAAGGGGUGUUGCUUUACGGUUCGCCGGGUACUGGAAAGACGAUGCUGGCCCGUGCGUGUGCAGCCGCCACAGAUGCGUGUUUUCUCCGGCUUGCGGGGCCUCAGUUGGUGCAGAUGUACAUUGGCGAGGGUGCCCGUAUCUUACGUGACGCCUUUGCUCUUGCAAAGAAGAAGGCACCAACAAUCAUAUUCAUUGAUGAGCUGGACGCCAUCGGGUCACGUCGCUCCGAUGAGGGUGGCAAGCACGGUUCCAGGGAGGUGCAACGAACUAUGUUGGAACUUCUCUCACAGCUUGAUGGCUUCGGCAGCACCGAUGAUGUGAAGGUAAUUGCAGCCACCAAUCGCAUUGAUGUGCUCGAUCCCGCACUGCUGCGUAGUGGGCGGCUGGAUCGGAAGAUAGAGUUUACACUUCCAGAUGAGGAGGCACGGGCACGAAUUCUUGAAAUUCAUUCCCGUCGCAUGGCUCUUCACGGGGAUGUCAACUUUGAGGAAAUUGCCCGCAUGACAGAAGAUAUGAACGGGGCGCAGUUAAAAGCGGUGUGCGUGGAGGCGGGUAUGCUGGCGCUGCGCAACGACCGUGUGUAUGUGGCACAUGAGGAUUUUGCGGAGGGCGUUACGGCUGUACAGGCUCGCAAGAAGUCUAGCCUGAACUACUACGCAUGA